GGGAUCCCGGCCGCACCCUCCGAGCCGGGUGAGUGACCUCUACCUCCGCUCUCCUCGCCGUCCGCUUGGGAACUUGCACCCUCGCUCCCGGGGGGAGCACACACGCACAGAUAAAUAUCGAGGCUUAUUGGUACAAGAAGGAAAUUUUGAACAAGCAGAAAAAAGCCUUUGGGGUGGUGCUGUGCUCAUUCUGGAGACACGGCUGGAACUGGGCGAGUCCCUGCCCGUAUGCCCCUGCCUCCUGUGGGCCCAGAGGACAGAAUACACGUUAGCAAGUGCUGUGAAUGCCAGAAAGGACAUGAGUGCGUGUCCUGGAGAUGCUGAGCCCUGGCGGAUCUCGAAGCUGAUGGACAUUGUGUGGGCCAGCGGCAGGGAUGGUCGGCUAUGACCCCAAAGCAGAUGGCAGGAAUAUCUCCAAUUUCGAGGUGGCAGUGGCUGGGUCUGUGUCUGGGCUUGUCACUCGGGUGUUGAUCAGCCCCUUGGACAUCAUCAAGAUCCGUUUCCAGCUUCAGAUUGAGCGCCUGUCUCGCAGUGACCCCAAUGCAAAAUACCAUGGGAUUCUCCAGGCCGGCAGACAGAUUUUGCAGGAAGAGGGCCCAACAGCAUUCUGGAAGGGACACAUCCCAGCCCAGCUUCUCUCCAUCGGCUAUGGAGCCGUCCAAUUUUUGUCAUUUGAGCUGCUCACGGAGCUGGUCCACAGAGCCAGUGUGCAUGAUGCCCGCGACUUCUCGGUGCACUUUGUGUGUGGCGGCCUGUCUGCCUGCGUGGCCACCCUCGCCGUGCACCCUGUGGACGUCCUGCGCACCCGCUUUGCAGCUCAGGGUGAGCCCAGGGUCUAUAAAACCCUGCGAGACGCCGUGGUGACCAUGUACAGGACCGAAGGCCCCUUGGUCUUCUACAAAGGCUUGAACCCCACCAUGCUCGCCAUCUUCCCCUACGCCGGGUUCCAGUUCUCCUUUUACAGCUCCUUGAAGCACGCGUAUGAGUGGGUCAUGCCAGCCGAAGGAAGGAAAGACGGGAACCUCAAAAACCUGCUUUGUGGCAGUGGAGCUGGAGUCAUCAGCAAGACCCUUACGUAUCCCCUGGACCUCUUCAAGAAACGGCUGCAGGUUGGAGGCUUUGAGCAGGCCCGAGCCACCUUUGGCCAGGUUCGAAGCUACAAGGGCCUCCUGGAUUGUGCCAGGCGGGUGCUGCGAGAGGAGGGUGCACAGGGCUUCUUCAAGGGCCUGUCCCCUAGCCUGCUGAAGGCCGCCCUCUCCACCGGCUUUGUGUUCUUCUGGUAUGAGCUCUUCUGUAACCUCUUCCACCACAUGAAGAAGGCAGACAGCUAGCCUUGAGGGCGGGAGGGUGGCCUGAGGUCUUGUACCUGAGGCAACCUCCUGAAAGAAGUAAGACUUGAUCUCCAGUGUCGUGUUGCACUGAGAGGUGCUGCCUGGUCCAUCCCUUCAAGCCAGCCGUCUUGAGCCUGAAGACCCAUAGGGAGCAGGGCAGCAGCCUUGAUCCCGCCAGCUUGGACGCCACCAGAAGGGCAAGGGCUUUCUCCCCUUCAAGAGCGCAGGGAGAGCACAGGGCCUGGUCUGUGGGGCCCCAGCCGCGCCAGUCGGAGGAGCUUGAAGUUGCUUCUCUGUUUAGCCCACGCUUGCUCUCAGGGCAGCAGCCGCCAUCCCGCACUUCUUCGCCCUGUCUGUCCAGAGAACACUCCUGGCUCUGGGUGGGGUGGCAGCUUGAGUGUGAGGCUGGGACCAGGCCUUUGCAGGGGUCUGGUCCCCACACUUGGGCUCUUAUUCCUACCGACUUAUUGAUAGGCAUUAAAGCUAAAAGCACAUUCGUAUCUUACUCCUCCGUCUUCCCUUCCAAAUCAUAUCCCUCCUCACAAAGUAUGAGGGAAGGAUCCCUGCCUUCCUCCAAUUCUAUUUUUCUCAGUAGUUGCCUCCCUCAGGCAGCUUUGCUUCUAGCUCUGGGUGCAGAGUCCAGGCUGAAUUGGUCACUUUAUAAACACCCUGUGCCCAGACCUUUGUGUCUGUAAAUUUCCCACUCAGGCUGCUCUCCCCUGGGGCAGGACUGCUCAUGGCCGAGAGCCUCUAGGGAAAGCAGAGACCAGCGGCCCCAUGGGAAGUGGGGGAUGUGCUCGUGGGACAUGCUGAUGGGUAAAGGCAGCAGCUCUUGUCCCAGUCUACCAGGAUCACUCUUUCCCCGGGGGCUGGGUUGGCCCUCCUGGGUUGGGAGGAGCUUGGAGCUGGGCCAGUUGGCAUCAGCUGCCCGAUCAGGGUGUUCCUCCUCGGCUCAGCAUGGUGCUGUGUGUACCCCCUGUAACCGAGGAAGGCCCACGCUCUGAAGAAGCCCGGUGAAGGGAUGGUGGAAGGGAGGGGCUGGGCAGACAGCCUAGUGAGGGCACAUUUGGCGAGGGCCUUGUGUUAUGUCUGGGACCCCAAAUCCUGAAGUUUCCCUGCUCUUGGCUGCUGAUUGUGAAGGUCCAGGCUAUGGCUGGAGGGAACUCUGAUACCCACAGAGUUUUGGGCACUCAAGGCCUGGGCUUGAGACUGCUGUGAGGCAGCUGCCUGAAUGUAUUUUUUAUAAAAUUCACUUGAAGUAAACUUUCUUCUUGUCA